AUGGCCGCGCCGCCGGAGCCCCCUCCGGCCUCCGAGCCCCCGCCAGCCGCCAAGGCCCCCGGCCGCCGCCUGGCCGCCGUGGAGCCGCUGCUCUUCCUGGCCACCGUGUCGCUGGGCCUGCAGGGCCCGCUGGCCACGCAGUACCUCUGGGACCGCCUGGGCGCUGACCUGGGCUACAGCAGAGGCAACAGCAGCAGCGCUGAUGGCUGCACCGAGGGCCCCGGCGCCAACGGCAGCACCGACACCCUGCAGCGGGAAGUGGAGACUCUUGUCUCCCACUGGAAUCUCUACAUCAACCUGGGAGGCUUCUUCGUGGGUCUCUUCUCGGUGACGCUCUUUGGGCCAUGGAGCGACAGCGUAGGUCGCCGGCCGGUGCUCAUCCUGCCUGCAGUUGGCAUGGCCAUGCAAGCGGCCAUCUACCUUCUCGUCAUGUACCUGCGACUGCACGUCGGCUUCUUUCUCCUUGGACGCAUUUUGAGCGGCCUCACAGGAGACUACAACCUGAUCCUGGCCAGCUGCUUCGCCUACGUGGCCGACACCAGCGCGGCACGCGCGCGCACGUUCCGCGUGGCCGUGCUCGAGGCCUGCCUCGGCGUAGCGGGCAUGUUAGCCAGCAUUGGGGGUGGCCAGUGGCGCAAAGCCCAGGGGUACAUCAACCCCUUCUGGCUCGUGUUCGCUGCCAGUCUCGCUGCUGCUCUCUAUGCUGUUUUCUGUCUUCAGGAGUCGGUGAAGCAGCGGAAACCAGCCAAGCUCUUCACUCUCAGUCAUUACAUGGCCGUGUACAGGCUCUACACCACUCCAGAACGCCAGGGCUCCAGGCAGAAGCUUGCGCUCUACUCCUUGGCUUUCUUUCUUAUUGUCACUGUACACUUUGGAACCAAGGACAUCUAUGUUUUGUAUGAACUUGGCUCUCCUCUGUGCUGGGCUUCUGAUCUCAUCGGGUACGGUUCAGCUGCCAGUUACCUGGCUUACCUGAGCAGCCUAGCAGGGCUGCGGGUGCUGCAGCUGUGCCUGGAGGACACCUGGGUGGCAGAGUUAGGACUCAUCUCCAAUAUUUCUGGAUUGGUUGUGAUGUCUAUUGCUACUACAACUCCACUGAUGUUUACAGGUUAUGGGAUGCUGUUCCUUUCCAUGGCAGCCACCCCAGUCAUCAGAGCCAAACUCUCCAAGCUGGUGAAUGAGACAGAACAGGGUGCUCUCUUUGCUUCUGUUGCCUGUGUGGAAGGGCUGUGUUCACUUGUGGCUUCAGGAGUGUUCAACUCUCUCUAUCCUGCUACUCUGCACUUCAUGAGAGGGUUCCCCUUUCUCUUUGGGGCACUGAUUCUUCUUAUUCCAGCAGCUAUUAUUGGGUUAAUAGAAGUCUGGGACUCGCACCUUGCAUAUCGUCACUUCUCACGUUCUUCCAUGUCACUUACAAACAGCUGAGGAGUGACCCAGCACCAAUGACUGGGCUGGUUCAGCAGCAUCCAUUCCAGGACUGCUGGAGGUUCUCCCUUUGGAGAACGGAUCGGUGUGCGAGGGACACCUUGGUUAUCCUUGUUCAUUUUUUAAAUGCUGAGUGAUUGAAAAUCAUGGCUCCAGUAGGGACUUGAUUUGCAAAUAUGUUCUGUUGAUUUGUCUGUGAGAGAAAACCCAAGAAACUCGGACUCGAAAGCUAAUCAAGAAUAAAAACUAUUGUUGGACAU